CCGUGGACCUUCGGAUCUUCAGCGGAAGACAGAAUAAGGAGAAAUUCUGGUACCAGAAAGGAGACAAGAUUAUUCCGGCAACCAUGGGACUAGUCCCUUCAGAUCUGACCGGCCUGGGGCAGCGCAACUCAGGAUUCUACGAGCACAGGAGGAGUUCUGUGGUGCUCAACUUAUCUGGACUUGAGGUGUUCCCCGGGGACCUUCUGGUGUCAGAUGGAGCUGCCGAUUACCUGUGCCACCCGCUUCUGCUGCUGAAUUCAGAAUCCAAAAAGCCAAGAUGGCCUUUCUCCAAGAGAGGAGUGCAGGGCAGAGACAAACACAAGCACAUAUCUGAUCUGAAAGACUGCCUCUCCUCUUUGAAGAUUACAGACUUCAGAGACUAUGAGUUCCACAGCCUGAAGGAUAAGACGUGGAAUGAAGUCGUGGAAACACAUCAAAAACUUCCUACUAAUCAAUUAGACUUGAGAAAGCAGCAAGAGGCUGUAUGGGAACUCUUCACGAGUGAAUGCACUUAUUUCUUGGACCAUUUAUUAGUUCUGAAGAUGAUCUUCAUGAAUACAUUAAAAUACCUACAGACUCAUGAAUAUCUCCUGGAUGUGGAUUUAUGGAGACUUUUUGCAAACCUGGAGGAGUUAAGUCAGACAAGCUUUGGUUUUGUGAACAGUCUUUUCCACAUCUUCAAGGACUAUGUCGACACUUCUGAGACUUUACCGUCGUUGGAUUUCAUUUCCGUGCUCACAAAGUAUUUCCAAGGAAGCUUGUGUCAGAGCCACCAGACCUACUGCCUGAAUUACUCAGCUGCUGUCUUUUAUCUUGAGAGUCUGAGGCAGAGAGAGGACUUCGGAAUUUAUUUAAAAUGGUGUGAGCAAAAUGAACAGUGCAGACGCCUUCACCUGCCUGAGCUGCUAGUGGCCCCACUACACAGGCUGACUCGAUACCCCUUGUUGCUGAAGAACAUCUGGAAAAGGAGUACAGACUCUACGGAGAAAAUCAUGAUCUACUCCAUCAAGGAAAAGGUGGAAAAGUCAAUCUGGGAUCUUGAAGGAAAAGUGAAGUGGCUUGACAAUUUUCAAAAAUGCAGACAUCUACAGGAGAUUAUAGUGUGGCCUCCACUUUGGGAUAGAGAUAAAAGGUUUUUCAUUCCAGAGUGCCUGAAACACAUUUUUAAAGAACACAUGGCAGAAAACAUCCUGUCACCAACCAACAGACACCUUCUCUAUGAAGGAAAAUUAACUCUUGCAGAAAGCACAAGAUUCCUAGAUGUUUAUCUGUUUCUCUUUGAUGAUUUCCUCUUAGUUACGAAAACUAAGCGCAACAAAAAGAAACUUGGAGGCUCAGACCCUGGUUUAAUGUGCCCUUCACUUAUUCCUGAGCUACAAACAGUAAUCAAAGAAGGUGGUUCAUGUAUGGUACUUGAUCAGCCCAUUCCACUAGACAGAUUGGUUGUCAGAGGUCUCGAUCCACUCCACAUGUCAGUCUUUGGGCUGAGAAAUUCUUUCCUCAUACAACAUGAAAACAGCUAUCGACAGUGUAUAGCAGCAUUCUUAUUACAAGCCCAAACAGAAAACAUCAAGAAAACAUGGAUUGCACAAUUAACAGCAGCAAUCUCUUGCUUCACCAAGAGUCAGGAAACCAAGAAGAUGUCCUUAUUCACUUUGCCUGCAGAAUCCUCGGAAAUUUAGGGACCUAAAACAAGUGGCACACCUUUUUAGACAUUAGGGAUUAAGGUAUUCUUUCAUUCAAACUUGUAACACUUACCUAGUAAUGAGCUAAAAGAAAAUGUGCAUUUUAAAGAAGUUCCAGAAUUUAAGCUAGGAAAUUCCUCAGGGUAGAGUAAUAAUGGCUGCAACAAAUUUGAACCGGAAGGAAUUUCUUGGUAAGUGUAUACAUGCUGAUAUCCAGACUAUGUUAUAGUGCUUCAGUCAGGCUUGCAAGAGGGGCGAGGGAAGUAUGAUGCUAUUAUAAUUCGCAAAAGGUGAAUGAUCAGGUAAAUGCAGUAUCAGGAGGAAAACAAUGCCCACUGCUUGCAUCUGAUAUGAAUUCUAGCAUCUUACUUUGUGUAUAUCUGUAAUGAAACCAAGUUUCCUACAUGACUUAUAAAUCAGCCUUACUGCUCUACAGUCCUACCUCAUACAAAGUUUGAUUGCUCUUUUAACAUACUAAGCAAUGAAUAAUAAGGUCUCCAUCUUAGCAGUUUUUAAAUUCCUAGUCGCCAACAGUUUAUUUAUCUCAGGUAUACUUUAUAUAACUCUUAACAUGGAAGGAGAAAAUCCCAAAGACUAAAUUCCAUUGUUUUAAGAAAGAAAAAGCAAACAUCUGUUCCAGUUUCACCAGUUAACAGUUUUACUUGGGAAAUUUCAUAGAAAUAGUAGGAUAUCUUUCUCUAAAUCUCACUUUUUGAAGAACAGUGGAGUUUGUCAUAAAACUUCUUUCUGGUUUUGAAUGUGUGUGUGUGUGUGUGUGUGUGUGUGUGUGUGUGUGUGUGUGUGUGUGUGUGUGUGUGUGUGUGUGUGUGUGUGUGAGAGCACAGUACAGUUACUUCGUCUUAUUUGGCAGGACUUGAAACAUUAGAAUUUCUUAAGAAAGACAGCUUGAACUAUUAUCAUGGUGGAAUAUACUGUUAACUCCAUGUAAGGAACUAGUUCUUAUAGUCAGAUUUCAUUUCAAUAUGAAAUCCACAGAUUUCAAUUUCAGACAUGGUAUCUUUUGCAGUUUCCAAAAUGGAAGUAGUAAAUUUAUCAACUUGGACUGCAAGACAAAUGAUACCUUAACUGAUCUCCUUAAGCUGGAGAAUGGGAUAGAAAGGAUGAUGCUUGGGGAAGUCACGUGCACAGUUAAUUCUCUGAGAAAAAUGUGAUUUCACCAUGUAAACCAGGCAGUAUAGACAAGUGCAGUAUAACAGUUCUUUUUAAGGGCCAAGCACCAUUAGAAUGGAGGGUCACAGCCCCUGUAUAAUAAUGUCAUAUUUAUUAGGAGUAAGUGAAAAUGAAAGGAAAAUCAGGAAAGCAGUAACUAUGGUCAAUGCCUAAGAAUAAAAGAAAAAAAGGCAAAGUACAGGAGAACAAAUUUCAAGUGAGUUCUUAGAGAUGAAAAAUAUGUAUUUUUUAAGAAAAAAACUAACAAUUGUCUUGCAAGGAUUUCUAGAUAUCAGCCAACUUAGGAAAAGGGCAAUGGACUAGGUGAUCUCCCAAAAUUCCUUUUAGUCCGAGUCCAGUAAACAUAUAUUUGUUUAUAUGUAUAAAACUAUUUUCUCCCUUAAAUGUCAUUAAAGGGAGAAAAAGAUUGACUAAAUUAACAUGUAAAUUUAAUUAGUUAAGAUGUAAAACAGCUUUAAAAUAUGCAAUAUGCAAAGAAAUAUUAGCACUUCUAUGUUCACUGCAGCACUAGUCAUAAUAGCCAAGAUGUGGAAAAAACCUUAAUGUUCACCAACAGAUGAGUGGAUCAAGAAACUCUGGUACGUACAUACAAUGGAAUCCUAUUCAGCCUUGAAAAAUAUGAAACAACAUAGAUGAACCUUGAGGACAUUAUGCUAAGGGAAAUAAGUCAGUCACAGAAAGACAAAUACUGCAUGAUUCCACUUAUAUGAGAUUUCUAAAAUACUCAAAUUCAUAGAAUCAAAAAGAGUGGAAUGGUAGUUGCCAGAGGCUGGGGGUAGGGGGAAAUGGGGAGUUACUAAUCAAUGGGCAUAAAGUUUCAGUUAAGCAAAAUGAGUAAGCUCGGGAGAUCUGCUGUACCGUACACUUUUACAAGAGUUGUCGAGAGUUGUACUACUCUUGACAAAAGUAGUUGUACUACUUUUACAAUGAGUAGCUCUCAUGUUAACUGUUCUUACCACAAUAAGAUAAAACUUAAAAGAAUAUACUAUGUACUUAAAGUGAAAUUCUAUAAAGCUCAUAAAAGAGCAUAUCUAAUAUAUAAUAUAUUAAGUGCUUGAGGAUAUACACAUUAUUCUCUUCAGAGGGAAACACAUUAGAGUAAAAUGAAAAAUCACUUCUGGAACUUUGGUUUCCAGGGGAAAAAAAUCAGUAAAAAGCAAUGGUACAUUGAGCCUUGAAAUGGUCACCUGGGUAUUAAAUGUACAAUGAAAGAAGAGAUUAAUAUUGUUUAAUAUUUUUUAGUUUUGCUAAUUUUUCUCAAUAAUGAAUGAAAUGAGAAGGGGAUGUCUCGAGCAAAAUAGCAUUAGUAAUUUCUCUUGAAAUAUGAACUUAAUUACUAUUCUUAGUUGAACAUUAAAGCACACCCAUUGUGAGGUUGGGAUUGACAUAUAUAUACACACACUAUUGAUAGUAUGUAUAAAAUAGAUAACUAACUAAUGAGAACCUACUGUAUAGCACAGGGAACUCUAUUCAGUGCUCUGUGGUGACCUAAAUGGGAAGAAAAUCCAAAAAGGGGAUAUAUGUAUACGUAUAGCUGAUUCACUUCGCUGUACACUAGAAACUAACACAACAUUGUAAAGCAACUAUACUCCAAUAAAAAUUAAUUUAAAAAAAUAAAGCACACCCAUUGUCUAUAUCCAAGUGCAAAGUUCUAAAUCUGUAAAUAAAUUAAUGUAAAAUGGCUAAUAUCUUACCUCUUUUAAAUAGACAAAAUAAUUUAGUCACAGAAUAUAUCUACUAGAAAUUAUUUUUAAUAUCUUUAGCAUAUUUUUAAAAAAGCAACAAUUCAAUAAAGGAUUCUUCCAUUGUUCUUUAUACAGAUUCAAAUGUUAUAUAAUUUAUCAGUUACAUUUAUAAUCAAUAACCUUCCACUCACUGAGUUUAGAAACCACAGUAUUUACUGAGCUAAACUCUCUCACAAAUAAGGCACAACUACAUGAUCACAAGUAGUAAAUACAAUGAAUCCAAAAACUAAACAAAAUAUUCAUGCAAAAGUAUCUACAGAAGUUAUGAAUAUAUGAUCCAGUUCAAGAAGUACAGAAUGUCAUAUACAUA